AUGAGAGGGGCGAACCGGUCGGGCGUCUCCGAGUUCCUCCUCCUGGGGCUCUCCAGGCAGCCCCAGCAGCAGCAGCUGCUCUUCGCGCUCUUCCUGACCAUGUACCUGGCCACGGUCCUGGGAAACCUGCUCAUCCUCCUGGCCGUCGGCGCGGACUCCCGCCUGCACACCCCCAUGUACUUCUUCCUCAGCACCCUGUCCUUCGUGGACGUCUGCUUCUCUUCCACCACCAUCCCCAAGAUGCUGGCCAACCACGUACUCGGGAGUCAGAGCAUCUCCUUCUCCGCAUGCCUCACGCAGAUGUAUUUUGUUUUCAUGUUCGUGGACAUGGACAAUUUCCUCCUGGCUGUGAUGGCCUAUGACCGCUUUGUGGCCAUAUGCCGCCCCUUACACUACACAACGAAGAUGACCCCCCAGCGCUGUGUCCUGCUGGUCGCUGUGCCGUGGGUCAUUGCCAACCUGAAUGUCCUGUUGCACACCCUGCUGAUGGCUCGACUCUCGUUCUGUGCAGACAAUGCCAUCCCCCACUUCUUCUGUGAUGUGACUCCCCUCCUGACACUCUCCUGCUCUGACACACGCCUCAACGAGGUGAUGAUUCUGACUGAGGGGGCCCUGAUCAUGAUCACCCCAUUUGUUUGCAUCCUGACUUCGUAUAUGCACAUCGCCAGUGCCGUCCUGAGAGUCCCAUCCCCAAAGGGAAGAUGGAAAGCCUUCUCCACCUGUGGCUCCCACCUGGCCGUGGUUUCCCUCUUUUACGGCACCAUCAUCGCUGUGUAUUUCAACCCUUUGUCCUCACACUCGUCUGCAAAGGACGCUGCAGCUACUGUGAUGUACACGGUGGUGACCCCCAUGCUGAACCCCUUCAUCUACAGCCUGAGGAACAGGGACUUGAAACGGUCGCUGCUAAAAAUGGUUGGCAGGAACACACACUCUUCCUGA